GAAAUCAUCCUAGAAAACCUGCCGAGAAUGCAUGUUUUCUCUGCCUUUGAAGUUGAAUUAACCAAAGACAUCUCGGGCACAACCUCCUAUGACGCGUAGCCUUUCCCUCGCGCAUGCGCAUGCGUCGCUACCAUCAAUUGCAGUGGGCGAAGCUACCAGUGACCGGAAAGUAUUUCCUACUAUAUUAAAGCCACUUGUUAGUUCCUCGCGAUGUCGGCGUAUGACAGUAACCCGUUUGCUGAUCCAGUGGACGUGAAUCCUUUCCAGGAUGACUCAGUCACCCAAGCCACUCGUGGAGCUAUGGACCGUCUCGGGGAGUAUAACCCUUUCUCUUCCACGGAAAUGAGUGAGCGCACAGACACCACCAUCCCCAUCUCUUCCACCGUAUCUCAGCCUGCUGUCCUUCAAACGUCUGUGGAGCAGAGCGCACAAGUAACUGCCGCUGCUGGACAAGCAAACCUGAUGCGUCAGCAGGCAGAGCUAGAGAGGAAGGCAGCAGAGCUGGACAGAAAGGAGCAGGAGCUGAACAACAGGGCCUCAUCAGCACCUGUCAAUGCUGGAGACCGAGUGAACAACUGGCCCCCUCUUCCGUCGUUCUUCCCAGUGAAGCCUUGUUUCUACCAAGACUUUGAGCGGGAUAUUCCAGAGGAGUAUCGUAGGAUCUGCAAGAGAAUGUACUAUCUCUGGAUGUUUUACAGCGUGACUCUCUUCCUCAACGUGCUGGCUUGUCUGUCUUGCUUCACUGCAAACAACUCGUGCAGCGUGGACUUUGGGCUCUCCAUCCUGUGGUUCAUCCUCUUCACUCCUGUGUCCUUCAUCUGCUGGUACAGGCCUGUCUACAAGGCUUUCAGGUCGGACAGCUCCUUCAGCUUCUUCUUUUUCUUUUUUGUGUUUUUCUUUCAUGCUGCAGUGACCGUCAUCCAGAGUGUGGGGAUCCCACGAUGGGGCAACAGUGGGUGGAUCAUUUCCAUCAGCUUGAUCCAGCCGAACCUGGCUGUGGCCGUGGUGAUGAUGGUCGUGGCUGGAUUUUUCACCGUAAAUGCUGUCCUGGGCAUCAUCCUGCUAAAAAUGGUCCACUCCAAAUACAGAAGGACAGGAGCCAGCUUCACUAAAGCCCAACAGGAGUUCUCUGACGGCGUCCUCACAAACAGAACCUUCCAGAGUGCAGCCACCAGUGCUGCCGCUUCGGCUUUUGGCAGGAACUAAAACCCUCUCUGGCUCGCCUGCACCACACUAGCUACAGUAUCUACAGUCACUGUUUGGGAUGAUUAUUUAUUUCAAUGGGCCAAAUAAACAAGUAGAUGUAUGAGUUUGUGCUGGAUAGACUAAGGCAUUGAACAAAUAAUUUCUUGAAAGAGUCCAUUUUUAGCUGCGCAGUGGGUCAUCUGAAGGUCUUUACACAGCCAUGUAAAUACUGUCAGUAUUUUUGGACUCCCACGACUCCAACUUCCUUGAAAUACUGUGUAGCAAAGCAGUCAAGUCUGGAGGUUACAAAUGUUGCAUACAGAAGUUUAAAAAGCAGUUGACUAAAAAAAAAAGAGGUGAAGUUCGUUCAGGUUGAAUUGAAGUGAUGAAUAAUUUAUUCUACAGAUGGACUUAAAAUUCCUCUGGUUCACAUUAAUUAUAUACAAGAAUUAGGUUUGGUUAGUUCAUGCUAUACAACAAGCACACUUGUUUGAAUGUUGCUGUUUGGGGUCAUAUUCUAUAGGCUGAUUAUUGAUGAAGGAAAGGAAUCACUUUAAAGAAUCAUACAAUCAUUGUUACUGUUUGGCAUGAAUGAAGUGAAACAUAAUGCACUUCUCUGCUCAUUUGAAGCAUUGGAAUGUCUUGCUAUGAAGUCUCAAACACUGGGUGCAGGUUUAUUUAUUUUUCAUAUCAGGAAAAAAUAAUAAAGCACAAUAUUGCUCGCGCUAUGUUUUCUGUGGAUGUAUCAUUUUCUUAAUACUUGUUGGGUUUUUGCAUUUGAAUGAUGUUGUGAAUACACUGUAAAAAUAACCUAUUAAAAAAGAAUUGUUUAUGCGUGAGCUUGACAUCUAAAAAGGAAUGUUGAUCAGACAUGUGCGUGAGGUUUGCCCAUUUUCCUUGUGUUGUUUGUGAAGAGUAGUUGUGUCUCAGUUGGAUCAGUGGGCCUUGACUACAUUGUAUUUAAAAAAAAAAAAAAAAAACUUUAGAGGGUUAAUGU